CUUUUAAACUAGCUACACCUCUGCUUAAUCUAGUUUACAUUUGCUACUUUGAUUGUUUCUUUAAACUUCAUAAAACAUAGCAAAUAAAUGAAUCCGUAAGUAAUCAGUAGCUGUUAGUUUUCACAAAAUGGCGGAAGGAGGGGCUUCAAAUGAGAGGCGCCAAGGAAGGCUUUAGUUUAGCAUCUUCUAGCUGAGCAACACAACUUAAUACAAAACAAGUAACGCUAAGCUGUGCUUUAACAAGCGAUUAAUCCUUUACACUAACUAGUCCUGUAUAUUCUCAGAGGCAUUAGUGGAAAAUAACGGAAGUGUUUAGGCUGUAAAUUGAGAGCUAGUAAACGGGUGAUAGCUGGCGCUUCUGUAGAGAAGACCUGAGAGGUGAAGUCCUGAAUCCUGUAGCCAGUUCUGGAGCAAUGGAUAUGACUAAGUACCAUGUCAUCAGUCAUUGAAAAUUUCUUGAAUUAUUUGAAAAUCUGAAACCUGGAAAACGGCACAAUGUGUUCAAUUCCUGGGCUCCCGUCACCUGGCUCAACUGUAACUGUGUUCAUUACCAGAGUAAACGUGAACCCUCUCUGUGUUCUAGUAGAGUUUUGGGGUAAUUUUGUCCAGGAUCAGAAACUUGCAUAUCAACAAAUGAAAAAGGAGAUUCAGUACCCCAAAGAAGUAUUUCAUGAAGGAGAAGGCAAGCCUGGUGACCUGUGUCUUGUACGGGUCUAUGAAACGUGGUACAGAGGCCGUAUAGUGUCAAGGAAUGAUACUUACUACAGCGUGUUCCUUAUUGAUGAAGGCAGAACACUUCGGGCUCAUACCAGCCUUUUGGCGUGGGGCCAAACUGACUUUUUCAACCUGCCUCCUGAAGUUGAAUUUUGCAUUCUUUCCAAUGUCCUGCCAUUGUCUACUGAAAAUAGAUGGUCAAAAUUGGCCUUGGGGUUCAUGAAAUCAUUCUGUGGGAGAUCAGUUACUGCCUGUGUUCUGGAUUUUGCCAUACCCCAGCGUGCAUUUCUGCUUGAUAUUCCAUGUCUGUCUAGGCAAAUGCAUGAGAUGGGAUUUGCAAAGAAAUUGUCAAGUGAGGAAUUCAAAGACUUUGUUUCAAGAUCUUUACAGUCUGAUGCUGGUUCUGUAGACCUGUUGAGGACUGCAUCCAUGGGAUUUGAACCACUUGUACAAAUCAAGAAACAGCAGUGUUACAUGUAUCCAGAGCUACAAGCUGAAACCACUGAGACUGUACUAGUCACAGAGGUAAACAAUCCCCUGCGUGUCUUCUGUCAGCUAAAGGUUUUCUCCCAGGAACUCAAGAAACUGACAGAGCAGAUAACUAAGCAUUAUGAAAGAACAAUUGGAUCUCAUUUUGCAAGACCUGAGAAUUUGGGGGCUCCUUGUGCAUCAAGAGGAACUGAUGGAAAGUGGUAUCGCUCUGUUUUGCAGCAGGUCAUGUCCACCAACAAUGUAGUUGAGGUGCUACAUGUGGAUUAUGGGAAGAAACAAUUUGUUCAAGUAGAUCAUGUUAGACCACUGGCCCCAGAAUUCUUUCGAAUGCCUGUUGUGACUUAUGUUUGCUCUCUUCAUGGAGUUAUUGAUCGAGGUGUUGGUUGGACAGUUUCACAGAUUGAUUAUCUGAAAUCUUUACUGCUCAACAGAACGGUUAUUGCCAGAUUUGAGUAUCAGAGCCUCUCAGAGGGCGUCCACUAUGUCACACUCUAUGGAGAUGAAAACACUAAUAUAAACAAAUUAUUUGGCUCAAGAGAGAAGUGCUUAAUGGAUUCAAGGUGCCUUAAAGAUUAUACCGUGCAUAAGAUGGGAACACGUCAGAGGUGCCAGAUUUCAGUUAAAGGUGAGACACAAGGAACUGAGGAUUUGAAAGGGAUUUUUACAGAAAGUCUGUCACCUAAUACUGAGCAUGUGGCUGUUGUGCAGCAUGUUGAUAGCCCCUCAAAGUUUUGGAUCCAGACACAGAAAUAUGCUGCUGAGUUUGAUCUGCUAAUGAAUGGCCUGACAGAGCUGUAUAGUGAUCAGACCAGAACCAGUGGAGUGAUUAGAAAGCCUGUAGCUGGUCUUCUUUGUGUGGCCAAAGCUCAAGAUGAUGUAUUCUAUAGGGCUACUAUUUGUGAAGUCAUUGAGUCCAAGGCAGAGGUUUUCUUCCUGGACUAUGGAAACAAAGAAUUGGUUGAUUGUAGCAACCUUUGUGAGUUGCCCCUCAGGUAUCAAAACCUACCAGCCUUGGCAAUUAAGUGUGCUCUUUAUGGCAUUCAACCCGGAAGUGAAGAAUGGGAUCUAAAUGCCACAUUAUUCUUUGCUAAAGCUGUUGUGGACAAAGUCCUUGAUGUACGUAUACUUGCAAAGUCCGAAGACACACAUCUUGUCCAGGUCAUUGAUUCAAUGUCAGAUGGAGAAAAAGAUUUUUCAAAGCUGCUCUGUAAUGCAGGUUUUGCAGACUUUGAAGCUAUGGAUAAACCUAUGGUCGCACCAUACACUAAAGUGGUACAGACUUCUGACGUGUUCAAGACAGGUGCUGUUUCACAGUCAUCCAGUUCACCUGCGGUAACAGCUGCUUUCAAGGAGUACUUGUUUCCAAUUGGAAGCUCAUUUGAUGUUACAGUAUCCUACAUCGAGAGUCCAAAUGACUUUUGGUGUCAGAAAACUACUGAUGCAAAAUGCCUGAAACUGCUAAUGCAGGAUCUCCAGAGGUACUAUGCAAACUCUGAAUUUCAGCCUCCUUUGGAAGCUGCCUGUGUUGCCCGUCAUCCUGAAAAUAGAAUGUGGUCUCGAGCUUUGGUGAUCCAAAAGCACCAGGCUUCUAACGUAACUGUACUGUUUGUUGAUUAUGGGGAAACAAAGAGAGUUCCCAUUCAUGACCUUCGCCGCAUUGAUCCAGAAUUCCUUAAGCUGAAAGGACAAGCUUUCCGAUGCUGCUUGUAUAACUUGAGCUAUCCGGUCUCUCAUUCCCCUUUAGUCUGGAGUCCUGAUGCUACGUUGCAGUUUCGAGAGUUUGUGGACAAGGCAGCCUCCAUGAGUGUCAUGUUGAAGUGUACUGUAUAUGCUGUGAUGUGUGACACUCAGAAAGUGAUUUUCAAUGUAGUGGAUUUGGAGAGUCCGUUCCAAAGCCUCUGCAGACUUCUUGUCCAGAGAGGUCUGGCCGACAGUGCAUCUAAAAUGGUAGCUCUGCCACCUUUAAGGCUGGAUACAUACUACUACUCUUCACACAGCAUCAAAACUGGGUCUGAAGAAGAUGUAUGCAUCACUUAUGUGAAAAAUGUCAACCAGUUCUUUUGUCAUCUGCAAAGAAAUUCUGUGCAGAUUGAGGAACUUGCAGAUAAAGUCAACAGGUUAUGUGGUCAGCUACAGAGAAUUAACUGUCCAAAAACCUUUGGAAAUGUUUGCUUUGCAAAAUAUACUGACGGGCUGUGGUACAGGGGACAGUUUAAAUCUGUAAAGCCUCCAGUUGUAGUCCACUUUGUGGAUUAUGGCGACACACAGCAAGUUGAGAAAUCAGACCUCCUACCAGUUCCAGUUGAAGCUGCUGAGAUUAUGGCAAUACCUGUGCAAGCAGUUGAGUGUGGGCUUUCUGAUGUGCCUGAAAAGGUUCCAGGUGAAGUGAAUAAUUGGUUUGAAAGUUUUGUGAUGGAUCGCAAGCUGAAAGCAUUGAUAGUAGCCAAAGAACCAACUGGUAAAUUAAUUGUUGAGCUGUAUGAUGGGAAAACUCCAGUAAAUGCAAUAAUAAGAGAGAAAUUUCACAUUGAAGUUGAGAGAAAUGAGCAAAUUACUGUAAAAGAAUUUGAUGUUAUGGAUCAAUAUCGGUCAUAUAGUGUGCCUGAAAGACAAAAAGUACCGCAAUGGACUCCUGAAAAACACUGGAGAUCUCAGAAAAAUGCUGAUUCGGAAGAAAGCUCAGGAAGAUUUCUUGAUGGGGACAUGAAGAGAGACAUCACCGCAAUAAAGUUGAAGCAACAUGUUUUUCACAGAGAUUCUCAUAGUGAAUCUGAAAAUGAAAAACCAAGUGUCCUUAAACAAGCAGAGCUCCCUGUAAAAGUAGUCGAACCAGGUCUGGAAGCUGAAGUUUUCAUCUCGCAUUGCAAUAGUCCUUUGAGUUUCUUUGUCCAAUUGGUAACAGAUGAAAGUGAUAUUUGGUCUCUGGUGGAAAAGUUGAAUGAUGGUCAGUCGGAGCAUGUACCUGUUAACUCUGGUGACCUCUGUGAAGGUGACUUGGUUAGUGCAGAGUACCCUGAUGAUAACUGUUGGUACCGCGCAGUUGUAAGAAAAGCGCCGGUCGGUGACACGGCUGAUGUAGAAUUCAUUGACUUCGGAAAUACUGCUGAAGUUUCGGUCUCAAAAAUAUGCAUUCUGGACAAAAUGUUCUCCCAACCAAGGUAUAGCAUUCAUUGCUCACUGAUUGGAGUGGAAAAUGUUGACUGUGAUGUGGCCUCUAAUUUAAAAACUGAAAUGGAAAAGAAUGCGGAUGGGUUUUUAUGUAAAUUUAUCCAGCAGGCAGGUUCUGUAUGGGAGGUCAAACUUGAGGUCAAUGGUAAGCUGUUGGGAUCUGCUCUCUCCAAAGAUGCAAGCAACAUAACUGUAACAGCUGCACCCAAGAGCCCAGAUACUAACUUCAAUCUGUGUACUUAUAAAAAUCCUGAUAUACCGACUGGACAGGUAAUUGCUGUAUAUGCCUCAGUCAUUAUUGGGCCACAGCUCUUCUGGUGUCAGUAUGCAGAGACAGAAAAGCUGCAGGAGAUUUCUGAUAUAAUCCAAAAGAUUGGUAGUAAUUUGGAAAGCGGGGCUUUGAAUGUAGAAACCCUACAAAUUGGAAGUGGAUGCAUUGCCCUUUUCGAUGAGGACCAACUGUGGUAUCGUGCAAAGGUGACCUCAGUUGAAAAGGACACACUCUCUGUUCUAUUUGUUGACUAUGGAAAUGAAUCAAAAGUUAAAAUGAGUGAUGUUAGACCACUGCCAUUUGAGGUGUCUGAUUUGCCUCCUCAGGCAUUUGCCUGUCAGCUUGAUGGUUUUAAUGUUUUGGAGGGGUCUUGGGACGACAAGGCAGCUGAUCAGUUCUUUGAGCUAAUCAAUGACCAUCUCUUGAAAGUCACAAUUUUGAAGUUAGCCAGUUCAUGUGAUAUGGUGACUCCGCAUUUUGUUAAAUUGGAAUGUGAGGAAAUUAUUAUCAAUGAUGCAGUGAAAAAAUGUUGGACUCAAAAUAGCAAGAGGACAUCAUUUGAACUAGCAAAUGCACCGUCUGCGACACUCUUGGAUUCAACUACUGUGACUGAAACGUCCUCUCUCUGUGUAAGUGAACCUGUAGUAAGACCCAAGGACCCCCUUUGUGCCAUGGAGUAUCUGCACAAUGGCACUUGCAUUUCUCCACUCAGAAUGCAGGUAGAAUGCGAUAGCACUCUGGCUGAGCAUGAGGAGCAAGCUGGAUCCACAGAGUUGCUGGAUAAAAGAAAUGUUGCUGUGGGCACGAUAUUUUCUCAAGAUGAUGAUCACGAUUUGACUUCAGCAGGCAUUGAAAAGACUGAGAAUUAUGGGAAAAGUGUUGGUGUGAAGGAUACGAAUGUAAAUGUGGAUAUUUCAGACAUUCAUUCCAAUCAACCUGUGGAUGUUCUCGGAGAAUGCCAGUUAGACUCCACAGACUUUAUGAGUAAAGGAGCAUUCACAGGUUCUCUGGAGUAUACUGAUGAGAACGAAGUGGUGGAAACUGCAGAAACUGCAUCUCCAGAAGUUCCGUCUUGUGACGAGGUCUGUGAAAAAGUGUACAGAUCGGUUUCAGAACACGAAGAGCAUGAGACUGAGUCUGAUCAUGAGAUCAUAAAAUCAGACUUGGGAAACGUAAGGAGGGCUGCAGAGAGCAAUGUAGUCGGGUCAGAAUGUGUGAUCUGGUCCCACGUACACAAGGGUUGGUGCCGAGCACAAACUUUAAAGAUUUCUGAUGAUUCUACCUUGGUACUGCUUUUGGACCAUGAUUUUGUAAUGAAAGUGGAUCCAGUGAACAUUUUUGAAAUUGUACCAGAGGAAUCAUUGCAGGUUGAAAAGGAAAUGGAGCAUGAAGCUGUAACGUGUUUUGCUUCUCAAGAUCCUUCUGUCAUAGAUCGUGAUGAAGAGAUUGAUGAAGAACGUAGUGCUGGGAUGGAUGUAGUAGUCAGUGACGAACAGGCUCAAGACAAAGAGCAUGACUCCUGUUUAGGUGACUUGGUGGCAGAAUCUGAAAAAACUUUACAAGUAGAUUUGAUUCAGUGUUUAGACCUUAACGCUCCUCAGGAAAUGAGUCAAAUGUUUGUUGCAGAUGUUUCACUUGAGCAAAGUGAACCAGCCAUGGAGAUGGAUCUAAAACUAGAACUAGCACAGAAUGCAUGCGGUGCUUCGACGGUCCAGGAACAAACUGAGGAGACAAGUCCUCCAGCAGAGGAACAGAGAGUAGAAGAUGUGAUUAAGACGUGUGAGCAGGUAGAUGAGCUGAUGGAUUUCAUACCCGUGAUACCACUGGAGAAGGACCAGGAGGCACAAUCUGAGGCUGAAACUCAUGUGGAAACCUUCAGUGUAAUGUCACAGGAGAAGGCUAAAGAAACUGAGCAUGAAACUGUAGAAUGUUUUUCCUCUCAAGAACCUACUGGCUUUAAUGAAGAAAUGGAUGAACAGCCUAGUGGUGGGGUCGAUCUCGUCAUCAUUGAGGAACAGGCUCAAGACAAAGAGCAUGACUCCUAUUCAGGUGACUUGGUGGCAGAAUCUGAAAAACCUGUCCAAGACGAUGCAACUCAAGGUCCAGAUUUAGGUCUUGAUACUCCUCAGGAAAUGCAGAGCAAGAAGUUUGUUGCAGAUGUUUCAGUUGAACAAAGUGAACCAGACAUGGAAAUGAAUCCAUCAUUAGAAGUAGCACAAGAUUUAUGCUGUGCUGUGAAAGUCCAGGUACAACCUGCAGAAGAUACUGAGGAGACGAGUCCUCCAGUAGAAGAACAAGGAGUAGAAGAUGUGACUAAGAUGUGUGAGCAGGUAGAUGAGCUGAUGGAGUUCAUACCCGUGAUACCACUGGAGAAGGACCAGGAGGCAGAAUCUGAGGCUGAAACUCAUGUGGAAACCUUCAGUGUAAUGUCACAGGAGAAGGCUCUGGAUGUGGAACUUGAUGCCGAUCCUGACUUGGCUGCCGUAAUUGAAGUGAUUGAUGAUGUUAUUGCCUUUGUGAGUGAGAAUGAACAGGGGUCGGAUACAACAUCAGACAUGAUUAAAGUCAGUAUGGUGCAGACUGAAUGUCUUGCUGCUGAUACGGUGUCUUCUGACGUACAGCAACCAUCUGAUGCAGAGGAACUAAGAGCUUUAAUGGUCACACAUCUGUCCCUUAGAAUUGAGGACACAUCUGAUGAUGACAUCAUCUUUGUGAAAGAGUGGCAGGUUUCCGCAACCGAGACGAUCGAGCCCAGUAGUAAAGAGUAGCUGCGGCUUGAUUAGGUGAUUAAACGCACUGUUUUACUCUCAGUAUCUCGGGUUACAUUUUUGCCACUUGUUUAUUCUGAUCACUUUAGCACUUAAGCAUCUAAUUUCAGUGUUUUGAGUUCUGCCUGAAGUUUUCAUUGUCUCUGAAAACUAGAUUUAUUUUUCCUUUUCAUUGUUCUGUGUUCCUUGUUAUUUAGACAUAUUGUUAAGAAGUGACAUUAACGGAUCAAAUACAUGACAGUUUUGUUUCAUUGUCUCGGGUUGUUUAAAAAAUGUUAAGCUUGACAGUGCAUGUGCUGCAUGUUGAGAUGAGAAAAAUAAAGAAAAACCCUUUUGUUUA